AUGACGAAGCUAUCCAAUGCUCUCAGGAGUGCCCCAUACAACUAUGGCUACCAGGAUGGACGACCGCAAACGCUCCGGCAGCCGUCAUCUCAGCGUCCAAGUCCUUUCGGACGACCACCGUAUGCACAGCCGCCAAAUGGUGCACCGUAUUUCCCGGCUCCCCUCCCCACCUACGUGCACGGGCAAUCCAGUGGAAGCAGCAAUGCACCUUCAUCAAGUCAGACCCGCGUAAUCUCAGCGGAGGAUGACAUGCGUCGACUGCUCAGCGCAUGCAAGACCGCGCGGGGGAACGCAGAGAUGCUGCACGAAGCACUUGUCUACGCGACGCCCAAGGACCUGAAGGGCGAGCUGACCAAGGAAUUUCGAGCGAAAUGUCGCACAUCGCAGGAGCUCAUCCUCUCCGAGAUACCCAGGGCAUCCGCCGAGGCAGAGCGAUCCCGCAAUGCCGCGCGUGUUUCCGCCUUGACCGCCGAGGAGCUGCUGCUGCAGGAACUGCUAGGCGCGAACGAGCAGAUCGUGGACGCGUUCAAAAUCUAUGAUGAUCUUGAGCACGUCGGCAUCGUGGCGGAGGAGCAGGAACGCCUCAGGUUUGAGCGGGUGGUGCAAGUAGUGACCGCGAUCUCUGCAUUUACGCCUACACGCGACGAGACGGUACUUAUUGACCAGGUCUUUUCCCUUGGCGACCCUCCGUGUAACGGGACGCUUGACGCUCACACAGCAGCCCAGCUCCUGAGCGGUUCAAACCUAACAUCAAGCGUACUCGCCAAGAUUUGGGAGCUCGCAAAUGUAGAGGGGUCGGACCAGCUCAGUCGACAGAACGUCGGUGCCGCUUUGCGUUUGGUAGGUCAUGCUCAGGCGGGCACGCCUGUCAUGGACACUCUAUUAGGGAAACCUGGUCCUACUGCAUGGAUCGAGGGCCUUUCACAGCCGGUAGCUCAGCUUCAGGCGGUCGAAGGCUUUCCGCCCGUCACUCCGAGGGACAAGGCCAAAUUCGCGCGUAUAUUUGCCUCAAGCAAUCCUGUGAACGGUGUCUUAAGCUCCGUGCAAGCAGGAGAGCUGUUCCUGAAAUCGAAGUUGCCGCAGGAAACGUUGCGUAGAAUUUGGGAUCUGGCAGACACCAGACGACGCGGGGUGCUCGGUGCUUCGGACUUCGCUGUCGGGAUGUACUUGAUCCAAGCGACUAUGUCGGGUCAACUGGCAACUAUGCCUCCAACACUUCCUCGUGUUCUCUACGAGCAGCUCGGCGCUACGCCUCCCAACCCUAUUCCUGAAUUUCCUCUGCUGUCGUUUAACACGGCACCGGAAUCUCCUGCACACAUCUCCACUGCGUCACCCUCUUCGUCGCAGGGUUGGAACAUCACACCUGCCGCUAGAGCAGAGGCCGAUCAGAUAUUUAACACGCUUGACGUGCAGAAUACAGGGCACGUGCAAGGAGACGCGGUGGUGUCUUUCAUGUUCGACUCUGAUUUGCCUAUGGACGUCUUGGAACGGAUUUGGGACCUCGCAGAUACCUAUAAACAUGGCUACCUAACGCGAGACGAAUUUGCGGUCGCGAUGCAUUUGAUAUCAAAGCAGAAGGCAGGGAAGGUACUCCCGAGUCUGCCGUCGUCCUCGUCACUAGUCCCCCCGUCUAUGCAGGCUAGCACGAGUAGUGCUCCACUGCAGAAUGAAACUGAGGCACUGCUGAUGGACCUCAACGAAGCUUUCUUAGCACCCCCUCCGAAGCCAACGAGCACGUCUUCUAGAUCCAGUGGGAGUCCAAGGGUGUCCCCGAACAUUUCGAGCACCUCACCAGCGAGCCACUCGGUGCACACGCCUCGGUCAGGGCCGGCUACACCCAGCUCCGCAGCCUUUCACACACCGCCCGCGUCUCCACCCAAGGCGAGCUUUUCACCGACAAGCGCCGCGUUCCGCACGCCACCCGCCUCACCGUCGUUGUCAUAUGCAGCGCCUUCGACGAGCAGGCCCUCGUCGGCUUCAGGACAGCGGGCAGAGCAGCCGGCUGUAAGCGCGCAGCAUCGCGGGAUCGGCGCAAGAGAACGCGCGAGAUCUGAUAGGUUCUUCGAUACGCUGGACCCGUGGAGGCGCGGGUGGAUCGACGGCGACGUUGCGGUGCCGUUCUUUGCGAAGUCGAAGCUGCCUGACAGCGUCAUGGGGGAUAUCUGGGAUAUGGCGGACAUGGACCACAAUGGCAGGCUGGACCGCGACGAGUUUGCAAUGGCUAUGCAUCUUAUUCGCGGGAGGCUGAAAGGGCGAGACACACCAGAUUCUCUGCCCCCGUUACCGCCACGUCCGACGCCCGUGGUGGUAACGCAAGCUGCACCUUCGCCACAUCAUAUACCUGAGCCUGAGCCUGAGCCUGAGCUAGCGGCUGCACCUCCCGUCACCGUGCCAGAGAUUGAUUUCGACGAGGAGGAAGUACGGAGCGACACCCCUCCACCGCCGUACGAGGAGAUUCCUGUUGCCGACGUAGGAUGA